CAAAAUCUAGCAUUUAAUCUUUCUUGCCAAGCGGCUUCAUUCGGGUCCUCCAGUAAGGGGGGAAAAGUCGCGUCUACUAGCACAGGAAGUCGCGAUCCAACCGCAGGUUGGUUUCAGCGCACUUAGUCGUCCCGUAAGAAGCUGCUGCUUGGCUAACCCGCUCGCUGCUGCAGUGCUCAGUGUCGGUCAUGUAUCCUGCGUGGGCUCAGAGUUCCCCCUCCUUUUUGGGGGGAGGUGCCCUCUGAUCCCGCUCGGGGUUUAUUCCCUUCGCUCGCAGCCCACUUGAACAAUCAGCAGGCAGAUUUAUCGUAGAAUGAAGAUCCAGCUUGACUCUAAGGACGAGGCAACUCAAAAUGGGUGUUAGCGACUCCGAUUUUGAUGAUCGUAUACGAUUGACCAGGCCUUCGCCGCAGGCGGGUGCAAACCGUCGGGUAUCAUGUACGGCUGCCCGCGAGAGCCUUGACAAAAUCAAAGUAUGUUUGAUAAGGCGUUGGUUCGGUCGGUCGAGGUCGCUCUUCGCGAAAAAGAACGUACGGUACGGACAUUUAGCGUAGAUAAGGAGCGCGGCGAUCGGCAGUGAGGUGAGGCGAACGACGAAGAGCUAGUGAGUGGGUAAGACAAGGUGUAGCGCAGUCUGGUCAGCGCAUCUGUUUAGGUUCGAAUCCUUUCACCUUGGUGUGGCUCAUUUUAGUAACAGUUCCCUACAUGAUGUUAUGAAACCCUGGAUUUUUGGUUUAAUAAGUACAUGCUCAUCCAGGUGGCUGCGUAGAAAUUUUCAUAAUAUGAUUGAUUUCGAUCCAUUUGACUGCAUGCUUCUUACUGCUUUUCUGUUAGCUUUGAUCUUUAUCUAUCUAUGGCUUUAUUGGAGAGGGAGAAAGAUGCCCUUUCAAUUGAAGCAUCAACCUGGGAGCAUUCGCCGAUCUGGUACAUCAAUACAUGUUCCUAUGCCCAUUCCAAUCUUGUCUAACAUUUCUCACUUCCUCUUAAGACGAAUAAUAAGAGCAAUGAAAGUGUCUUUUUCGAGCGCCGCUUUAUUCCACCUUGUCACUUUUCUUUUUGGCUCGUUCGGAUUUGUAGGAUUAUUUAUGAAUCCUAACGGGCCAAACGCCGAGGAAAUAGUGGCUGAGGCUGACAUGGGCUCGGUAGAAGACUCUCACAACGAGCAAGCCGGACCAAACCUUCCCCAGCUACGCCAUGAAGUAAAAAUGUGCGAAGAGUCGCAAAGGGAUAGCGAACGUCUUGCUCAAGAUUCCUUAGAACGAGCGGACGCUCUGAUCGAGGAAGCCAACUACCGAAGAUCUUUGCCCGAUCAGGGACCCGCGUCGCAAGAACACAGAGAAGAGCUGCUUGCCGAGGCUGGGCAUGAAAUCGACUACGCCGAGAGUGACCUAGAAAUGCUCCAGGAGCUCGCCCAAGACAAGGCGGACGCCAUAAGAGCGUAUAAUGAGGCACUCGGCGCGGAAUAUAACCGCCUCCGCGAGCGAGAGACCGCCCUGCGAGAAGCAAACGAGCGGCUCCGGUCCCAACUAAAAUAAAGCUUUGGGGUGGGUUCACUUGGACUAUGCAAUGUAUGGAUGAUCUUUUAUUUAUUUAUAGGAGAUCCUGGUCCUUUAUUUAUAGUUCUUGCAUUAACCGGUCCGGAAUUAGGUGUAG